UGACCUUGAGAAAUCCAUUUAACUUGUUUUUCUAUCUAUCUGAAAGCUUGUCAUCUCUCUCAUUUUAAUUUUAUUAUUAUUCUCUGAUAUGGAUCCUAAUUAUUCUGACUUUUCAGCAUGGAAUUUAAAUAAUCCCCAACAACCGAAUCCCGGUUAUCCUGGUUAUCCAGGUCAACCGACAUCAGGAUAUCCAAACGCACAAUUUGGCGGAUACCCCGAUACCUCGUCUUUAGGGGUAUUUGCUAAUCCAAACACUGUAAACUAUCCUAAUCCCACACCAGGAGGAUAUAUGUCACCGAUGACAAGUGGAUUUGUUAACCCCCCAUCACCAUCAAUAGGCGAAUAUUUUAAUGGUCCACCUUGUAGUGCUCCUGGAGGUUUUCCUGACCAACUGCCAAUCAACACUCCAAGUGCACCAUUCGCAGGACAGAUAAACUUCACAAAUCCUCCACCGUAUGCUGGCGCUGUAUCAACAAGAGAUUCGUAUAUACCAGGUACAGCUCCUUAUCAAAUGGACUAUUCCAGUGUAAUGCAAACUCCAUAUGCAGUUGGAAAUCCUGGUUUGCAGACUUUACAAACCGAUUGUUUACCAUCUCCUUCAAAUCGAAGUUCCUACAUUGAUGAUAAUCCAGCUAACCAAAGACAAAAUUCAAUGUAUUCAAUGUUUGAUGGUUUACCAGCGCCUAUUUCAUGUCAGUCUACGGAUAUGUCAUCAUCAUCAUCAUCACGAGUUUUUGGAUUCUCAGAAUCAGCACCUCAUGAAGAUAUAAUGGAACCAACACUAAGACCAGCAGCCAACUUCUGUGUUGAACGAGAUUGUGAACGUUUAAAGAAAGCAAUGGCUGGUAUAGGUGCAAAUGAAAAAGAGAUUGCUGAAGUAAUGGGUCAUAGAUCUGUAGAACAACGUGUAGCUAUUGUCCAGAAAUAUAAAUCAAUGUAUGGAAAAGAUUUAUAUCAAAAAUUUAAAUCAGAAUUACAUGGACGCUUUGAAGAUUGUAUCGUCGCCCUGUGCUAUACACCAGUCGAGUUCGAUGCACUGGAACUACGUAGAGCAAUGAAAGGUGCUGGGACAGAUGAAGAUGCCUUGAUUGAAAUACUUUGUUCACGGACGAAUGAACAAAUCAGAAGAAUCAAAGAAGUAUAUCCAAAAUUGUUCAAUGGUCGUAAUUUAGAAAAAGAUGUUGAGAAUGAUACUACACGUCAUUUCAAACAAAUAUGUAUUGCACUACUGCAAGGGAAUAGAGAUGAAUCUGCCUAUGUUGAUAAAAAUCUUGCACGAAGAGAUGCUGAAGAUUUAUACAGAGCUGGAGAACAAAGGGUUGGAACAGAUGAAUCAAAGUUCAUUCAUAUUUUGGUUACACGAUCUUAUGCUCAUUUACGUGCUGUAUUCGAUGAAUACACAUCACUUGGUAAACGUAAUAUGAAAGAUGCUUUAAAAUCAGAAAUGCAUGGACAUACACUGAGUGCUUUACUUUCAAUUGUUCGAUGUAUACAAAAUAAGCCAAGAUACUUUGCAACUAAAUUACUCAAAGCAAUGAAAGGUGUUGGAAAAGACGACAGAACUGUUAUACGUAUUAUUGUAUCACGUUGUGAAGUGGAUAUGGGUCAAAUAAAAAGAGAAUUUCAAAGUCUAAAUGGAAAAACUUUAGAAUCAUGGAUACAUGAUGAAAGAUCAAAAGAUUAUCGUCAUUUAUUGUUGGCGCUUAUUGGAGCAUAGCCUCUACUCACAUGGAAAGUGCUCAAUCGAUUUUUUUGAAAUAACAAAAUACACAUUGAAGACACAUUUCUUGCUUUUAUUCUGUUUUUGCUUAUAAAACCCAGAUGAAAUUCGUGCCCAGUACUUUCAUAAUAUUUUUUUCGAAAAAAAUAUUUUUCAUCUAUCUGCUGAUCUGAUCUGAUCUGUUUUUCCCCUGAGAUUUGGUUUACUUAUCUUCUUUUUUGUUUUAGUUAGAUACUUAUUUCAUUUGUGUUGACCGUUUUAAACAAAUAAAUCGAAGAAAUACCUGA